GGCCAGUGAAGUGAGGGCGAGGAUGGGGGGAGAGAAAAGAGGGCCCCAUACUCUGACUAAUAUGGUACUUCCCCCCUAGCCGAGGCUGCAGCCCCGGCCCCCCACCCCUUCCAGUCCCCCAGCUCUCCCCGCCCUCCCAGGGAGAGCCUGCCGGAGAGCUCCAGGCGCCCAGCUUCCUGGGUCAGCACUAGUCUGGCCCGGCCCAGCACUCUCCGCCUCGCUCCUUCCAUUCAUGUCCUGACCGCGGCUGGCCGGCAGCGGCCCUCCACUUCCAGGACUCGGCUGGGCAGCCGAAGAUGCCGGCGGCUUUCCUAGCCCCAGCUCCCUUUUCCGACUCCCCAUAGAGGAGGGAGUCGGCCCCAGUGGGGGCUGAGCGGAGCUGAGCUGGGCUGAGCCUGGCCCCCCUCGGGGAUCUUUCGGGAAGCAGCUUGGGGCUGCUGCUGAGGAGCAGGGAGGAGGAGGAGGAAGAGAGGCUGGUCCCGGGUAGCCUGUAGGGCUGUGGAUCCUGGCCCAGCCCAAGCCGCGCCUGGCCCAGAAGAUGCUGUGGCCAUCUGUGCCGGGCCCCGGAUUUGGAGUCUUGCUGCUCCUUGGCAUCACAGGGGCGGUGGAGGUCGUGGUCCCUGAUGAGCCUGUGGUGGCCCUGGUGGGCUUGGAUGCCACCUUGCCUUGCUCCUUCCUUCCUGGCCCCAACUUCACCCUGGCCCAGCUCAGCCUCAUCUGGCAGCUGACCGACACCAAGCGCUUGGUGCAUAGCUUCACUCAGGGUCAGGACCAGCUGGCUGACCAGGGCAGCGCCUACGCCAACCGGACCACCCUCUUCUAUGACCAGCUGGCUCGUGGCAACGUCUCCCUCUGGCUCCGCCGGGUGAACAUCGCCGACGAGGGAAGCUUCACGUGCUUUGUGCAAAUCCAGCAGUACGGCAGUGCGGCCGUCAGCCUGCAGGUGGCUGCUCCCUACUCCAAGCCCAGCAUGACCCUGGAGCCCAACAAAGACCUGAAGCCGGGGGAUAUGGUGACCAUCACCUGCUCCAGUUAUGGCGGCUACCCGGAGGCUGAAGUGAUCUGGAAGGACGGUCUGGGGGGCGUCCUGACUGGCAACGCGACGACCUCCCAUCUGGCCAACGCCGAGGGCCUUUUCGAUGUGCUCAGCGUGCUGAGGGUCACGCUGGGGGCCAAUGGCACUUAUAACUGCCUGGUGAGGAACACGGUCCUGCAAGAAGAGGCCUCUGGCUUUGUCAUCAUCACAGGCCAGGUGAUGACGUUCCCGCCGGAGGCUCUUUGGGUGACCGUGGGGCUUUCGGUCUGUCUCCUGGGGCUGCUGGUGGCCCUUGCCUAUGUGUGCCGGAAGAAAAUCAAGCAGAGCUGUGAGGAGGAGAAAGCUGGGGCCGAGGACCAGGAUGGGGAUGGAGAAGGAUCCAAGACAGCUCUCCAGCCUCUGAAAAAUGUUGACAAUCCAGAAGAUGAUGGGCAAGAAAUAGCCUGACGGCAAAGGAUGGAGUGGAUGCAGGGGAGGCACGUUGGAAGCCAGUCCUGGGCUCCUCUGGAGACUUCCUCCUGUGGACACAUGCGCCACCUCUUACACUGCAGGAAGCUGGAGGUGGGACCCAGAAUUAUCCUCUGCCUGUGGGCUUAUCUACUUCAAAUCCACUCGCUGCCUUAUUUAUCCAACGGGUACAAUACAUGGUCAACCCCACUGCCUCAUUUCUCCAGUGGAUACAAUACACAAUCAACCCCGCUGCCUUAUCUUUGGUAGACCGGAUAAACAGACCAUCUUACUACCUUAUUUCUUCAGCGGAAAUAAUCCAUAGACCAUCCUGCUGCCUUAUUUCUCUGGUGGACAUGAUAAUAAUAUCUCCUCCUCCUUGAAAUGCUUUAUGGUUUACAAAGUGCUUUCCUCCCCACAAGCCUAGGAGGUUGUGCAAACAUCACCCCCAUUUUAAGAGAUGAGUAAACUGAGGUCCAGAGAUGUCAUGCUCUAUAUUCAUGUCCAGGCUCACACGAUUUGCAGACCGCCUGACUGUUAUUUCUCCAAGGGAUCGGAUACACCGUCUACCCCGUUGCCUUGAUUCUGUCACUUCAAGCCUUGUUUUUUACCUCACCCACCUUCCGGAUGUGGACAGAGCUUUGACAGUUGCCCUGACACAUGCAUGUACAUACUACACACAUGCAUGUAGUACCCACAUGCAAACAUGUAGUACCCACAUGCAAAUAUGUAACAUGUGAACCCCAUAUACAGGCAUCACACAUGCAUGUUGCAUAAAGCACAGGAGCUAUAGCACAUGUGUAUACAUGCCAAACAGGGCACACAUGUGUGUACAUGUAUAUAGUGUGGGGAACAUACACAUAGAGUAUACACAUGUGUGUGCAGGAAAAUAUGAGCACACACCACACAUACACACUACAUGUGCUUAUCCCACCAUCCAUCCAUGUGACUGGUGUGUGUAAUGUAAUACACCAUGCAGAUAUACUCAUCCCACAAUAUACACAGUACCCAUGCACAUACAACACAACACAAGGCUGCACAUACAUAAAACACAUCAGACUACAAAAAAGAACUCCCCUUCCUCCUGGAUGCAUGUUUUGCACCCUCCCUAAUCGAGAGCUCGCACCUGGAUCUCCUCUGUCUGUUCUCAUAAUCCUUCCCCAUCUAGGGAGCUGCGUGCUGGUCAUGUGGUUUCUCUAGAAGUACUAGGGGCUGGACAGUGACCCUUAGAAUGGGUACAGCCCAUUGGGGUGGGGGUGGGGAGUACCUCUAAUGAAUCAGCACCUCCAUCCUUCCAGCUUGGAAUAGUUGUUUACCUCCCCAAGAUGGCAACCUUGGGACUUCCUUACUCCUACCCUGAGUCCUACCUAUAGCUUCCCAGACCGAUCUUGUACAUGCCACACUUCUGGGCCCAAUGGGAUGACAUUUUCCUAGACUCUACACUCAUUCAUUCUACCUGCCCCCCAUCCUUGCCCUCUUUCUGCCAGGGAGGGGACCCCCCGUUUUGGGGGCCACAUUUAGGGGUGGAUGGGGUAUGGUAUCAACCCAAACUCUCCCCAGUGCCUUGGGGAACCAACUGGUCAGGAUCCAAAGCCUCUACCCAAGGUGGCAGUGCCAAUCUUGGGCAGCAGAUGUCAGUCAUGGACCCUGCAUAGGCUUAGAGCAGCAACUAGAAGCCAUGAUUUUGGUACAGAUCUGUCAGAGAUAUCAGCUGUAGCUGAUUCUAGCUUUCCUUGAAGCUGAAGGUUAGUCCCUUAUGGCCCUUGCCAGUCAGGGGAGCCCAGGAAAGUCCAUUUACAGAGACCCAAACCCUUGCAGCUCUGGCAUCGAGAGAGUGUGGCGGGUCUGACUCUUCACUGUUUGCCUUAUGUACAAUGGGGAUAGGGUGGGGGUAGACACUGUCUGCAAUGGUGCUGGAGGUAGGCUGGCAUGGGGCAUUGGGGCAUUUCCUGGAGAAAGAGCCAUGAAUAGAAGACAUGCCCUCCAGCCUCAGCCUCCCAUUCUUCCUCCAAGGUUUUCCCUCUCCUGCCCAUGGGUGACUAGAGACAAUGGUCUGAUCUCCAGCUGGGCAGGAUGAACCCCUGCUUAGGCCCACCCCAGACUAGGGGAGGCAGGAGUUUUUUUCUAAUUUAAAUGCUGGAAUCUGGGACAUUUUGUACCUUGGUCAUUGUUUCAGGAAAAAUAAAUGCUUCAUGUUUUGUUGA